AUGACCACUAUUCUCGACAUCCCAGGCACCAACCCCCCAAAUCCCUUCACCACCCCUAUCCAAGCCCUUUUACUCUCUACCAACCCAUCCUCAACACCAGACGAGACAGCAGCCCACCUAGUCAACGCAGUCACCACCUCUCCCGACCCCGCCCACUCCCUCUGGCAACUCUGGGACGCCUUCUUCACCGCCGUCGCCACCUCACCAACACACACCCCGCACCUCGCCCUCCUCGACGCCCUCCGCGCACAACCACCAAUACAGCCUACCAACGUCCGCGCCGGAUCAGACGCACAGCGCACCCUCCGCAGCUAUCUCGGGCCAGACGGCAGACUCAACUGGGAUGCCCUACCCCGCUUCAGCGCGCAGUGGCGUGACGUGCAUGAUAUCCUCGAGGCCAGGCGCGACUGGGACGGGGUGCGUGAGUCUCCCUCUCCUGCCGCCAGAGCAGUAAGUAGCAGCAGCGGCGCAGAGUACUUUCUCCGCUUUUGCGCCUUCUCCGCUGCGCUGCUGAAAGCGACGAAUGGGAAAGGUGGGGUGCAUCCCAUCUGGGUCUUUUAUGCGUGUCGUGAUGUCCUAGAGCGUGAGCGACUGGACCCUGACCAGCAGCAAAGAAAACCGCACAGGAUCCCGUUGGAGGAAGUCUGGGCGCUGGAUGUCCGGGUUGCGGCGACGUGGGUGCGGGAUGGGGGCGUGGCGCUAUGGGAGGCGGACCGGGAGGAGCUUCGGCGGCAUUGGGGUGCGGCGUUGGAUGAGAAGACGGAGUUGUGGCCGAGGGAGGAUGGGCUGACGCGGGAGCGGUGGGAGUUGUGGGAACGAAGGCUGCGGGGGUUGAGUGUUGAGGGGGCGAUUCUGGACGGGGAGACUAGGGCUGUAGUUGUGGAGGCUGCUGAGGUUGUUAGUCGUCUUUUGAAGAGGACUGACUGA